CAUAUAAAUACACACUCAAAUUUCAACUCUUUUCAUCAUCUCAAACUACCAAAAAAGAAUUGCACAAAAAAAAAGUACAUCCAUCUUUUAUAGCACCAAGAAAGCAAAACAAAAUGGGCAAGAAGAAGAGUUCAUGUGAAGCAGCAGCUCGCCGAGCAUGGCGACGCCUUCGGAUUAUAUUGUUAUGGGCUCAGGAAGGGGGUUUGCUAAAAUGUAGGCUAAUGGCUGAGUUACGGCACAUGCCUAAGCAGCUCAAGGGACAUUACAAGAAGUCUAAGGAUAUGAUUCAGUAUGGUGAGCGUCAGCUCUCUUUUGAUGAGACACCAAUGAUACAUUUUAGGAUGAGCCGACCUUCCUCGUUAAGGUUCAAGAUCCCAUGUAUCUCCCCUGAGGUUACUGAUUUCGACUACGAUUUUAGCAAUGAUGGACAUGAUUAUGAUGAUGUGAAGUAUAAUGCUUAUGGUGCAAGGAGGAGUUUCCUAGGGAGCAAUGUAGAGGAUUGUCAAGAGGAUGAGAAUGAAGUAUGUGAAGAAGCAGUAGUCCGUGGAGACUCAAGGAUUGACGACAAGGCAGACGAGUUCAUUGCUCGAUUCUAUGAGCAAAUGAAGCUGCAAAGACAGAUUUCCUAUCAACAGAGGUGUAAUUCCAUUAAAGCACAUUGAAAAGAUCCUACAAAACACAGUUCAAAGAUUUGAUUUGUUCUUUCUCCUUGUUCGAAGUUUUUGUAAACUGAGGCAGUACGGCAUUUUGUAAAUACCCGAGGCCUCAUUUAGAGAAUUUUGCAGUGAUUUUAUUAAUGAAAAUAGAUAUUCUAUUCAGUAUA